UUCGGGUCAAAAUGACCCUAAGGCAACACAAGGGUUAAACCGUUUAAAAUGACACUGCAUGUUGUCUCAUUACAAAGAAUAUUUCAUUUCACACUCUUUUAUUGUGAAUGGUCAAAAUAAAAAAUACUCUAUGUGUUGUGUAUGAGUUAAAACCACUUUAUUUGGUAAUGAAACCUCUAUUAUUCUGCUAAUAGAAAAUACAGUUUAUAUAUUUAUUGGUGAUGUUGUAAUUGUACCAGGCAACCUUUCCCACAUAAAGGGCGGUAUGUACUGCAAUAAAUCAAACAGGAAGUAGAUACAUUUACACUGACUUGAGACUUCCCCAGUGCUGCAAUCAGCAACAUCUUGUGUUUCAUUGUCUCACUUUAAUAUUUGACCUAUAUUGCCUCAAACUCACUUUUGCCCCAUAAGCAUUAAAGCUCAAAUGUUGGGAAUUGUUACGAUAUAUUUGUCUUACAAAUGCUCAGAGGGGAAUAUACAAACCUGAUCAUUUAUACUUCAGAAUGUAACCGGAAACGAUCUGAACAAUGGAUGAUGUUACUCCGUCUCCUAACAUCUUCUCUGUAAAGUGAGGCGUUUGGCUGCCACCACGUGGUGGUGCCAACGCCCCAUGGAUCCCUAAAUGUCUUGUUCACAGUAGAACGUGGCAUUGCCUCUGUACCGCCGUGAGCAUUAACGUUUGACCUUUUGCUGAGUACACUGUGUGGUCAGAAAUGCUGCAUCAGCGAGUUCUCAAACGAAUUAAGAUCACUCACCGUUGUAUUUUUCACUGGCACCAUUCAGCAGCGAUGUCGAUAUGAUUGCGUUUGCAAGUUGGUAAUUCUUAAACAUAAUAACACACGAAAAAUAAGUAGUUUUGUAUGGAUUCUGCAGACAUCUCCACUAUCUACUAUAAUGUGACUGUUCACUCAUCACUAACACAUACAAGUACAACACUGUGAACAACCAGUGAAGCGAGACGACAUGUCUUAACGUGUCAAGGGUUAAACAUGUGCACGUGUGGCAGAACAAAACCCGAUAACAGUGACAUCAAGCCUCUUACUUGACUCCUGGACGCAGAGAGAGAGAUUUCAAAGGCAGAUAUUUGGUCUGACUCGCUGCGCGAAUGCGCGCCGACCUUGGAGUCUCCAGACGCGCAGUGGAGGGUUUUGCGCACUGACUUCAAGUCGAGCUAAAGAAGGCGCACAGCGCGCGGACUGCUGCCGACUUACUGCAGUCCUGUCACUCGGAUCCGGGCUCACUUUGCUGUAGUUGACCGCGCACAUCGUCAUUUCAGAAAACCUCAAUGCCCGGGGAAGCAGGGGGUACAAUCUUCAGACUAUUUCAAUUUGGCUUGAUUCGCAAUUUAGAGGAGUGCUGUUUCAGCUGAGCCUGUAGCCGUUCCACCUUGUUUGAAGAUAACUACAAGUGUCCCAGCUGCUCAGGGGAAAUCCACUCAACAUCCUGAAGACGAGACUUGUGAGGAUUUUAGGACUCUUUCCCGAGACUGGUUUGAACAAGGGUGUUUGCAACUAAGUGAGGUAUUACAUAAAAACGGUAAGGAAAAGUUGAUCUGCUUCCAAAUAUGCGAUUCAAAUGGGAAACCUGUGAAGUCCUCCCACAUUUAACAGGGGGGUUUAAAAGUGAGUUCACAUCGUAAAUGUUCCCACUUUCCUCUCAGGUGAUCACAGCAAUGCUUCAACAGCAUGCGCGUCUGUCCCUCUCCAAAUCGCCCAGAGAGGAUUUAAGCGCCGCUCGUUUUGAAUAAGUCGAGAAGUCAUCGAAGAUGAGAGCUCUGGAAACAUUCCUGUUUCUUUUCCUCCUGCACCAGGUCACAUGCAGGAAAGAGCGUGGAGGAGCCAAAGAGCUCAUCGAGUGGAGCGACACUGAUAGCGAACAGAAGAUCUCUCCCACGGGGGCCAGUCCACGGAUCCUCAACCCCCUGCGUUUGUUUGCCAGGGGGUCCCCCGGGUUCAAGAGCAACAUGAGGGAAAUUACAUAUUUACAGAACAUGGAGGACUUCUGGGACUGGUUAUCUAACCAGACAGAUGCUCAGGGUGCACAGGCCAGAACUAAACGCAGGCCUAUCGUCAAGACUGGCAAGUUCAAAAAGAUGUUUGGUUGGGGGGACUUCCACUCCAACAUCAAGACCGUGAAACUCAACCUGCUGAUCACGGGGAAGAUCGUGGACCACGGCAACGGCACUUUUAGCGUUUACUUCCGCCACAACUCCACAGGCCUGGGGAACGUGUCUGUCAGCCUGGUGCCUCCCUCCAGGGUGGUGGAGUUUGAGAUCGCCCAGCAGUCGACGCUGGAGACCAAAGACACCAAAUCGUUCAACUGUCGCAUCGAGUACGAGAAGACGGACCGCAACAAGAAGACUGCCCUGUGCAGCUUCGACCCGUCCAAGGUGUGCUACCAGGAGCAGACGCAGAGCCAUGUGUCCUGGCUGUGCUCGAAACCCUUCAAAGUCAUAUGCAUCUAUAUCGCCUUUUACAGUGUCGACUAUAAACUGGUGCAGAAGGUAUGCCCUGACUAUAACUACCAUAGUGACACACCCUACUCCUCCACAGGAUGAUCUCGCUUUCUGUGUGCGUCUACCUUCCGUCUAAUCUUCAAAUCAUGUAAAUGUCAACCUCUAAGCUCCUUGUCCCGCAACAACUAAGUACCUGAAACAUGUUGCAGGAAGUGCUAUUUAUUAUGGGACACACUCUGGAAAGAUUUGAUGCAUUGAAAAAAAAAAAAAAAUUAACAAAAAAAAUGUAUAUAUAUCGUACAGAUCUAAUACUUGAGAUAGUUAGGUGUCCAGGGACUUGGUUUUAGGGGUUGACUCGGGAUUCAGAGCUAGCUACCAACCCUGUGUGACUCCUCCCCUUCCCAGAAGCACUUCUCCGUAAACCACUGGUAUAAUUAGCAUGUUGUCCAGAUGUUUUGUUCAAGGCUAGACCAUAGGCAAGGAGCCUCCCCUCUGGAGUGCAGAGCUGGCCUUCUGUGCCAGUGCCACAUCGAUGCCAACAUUGUCAAACAAUAACCUCGCCUCAUUUAAUAACAUGAAAUAUGACAAGACUUUGAAUCAUGGUAAUACUUACAAUACAAAGACAUUCAAAUUGUUAUUCAAUAGAACAUUAAAUUAGAUCAUUCACAUUUGAAGCAUUGCUCCAUUUUGACUGAUCGGUUCAUUGCCUUUAAAGUAUAACUAAUAUCCAUUUGUACCUGUGAACAGAACCCAUAGAGGGCAGUGUCUAUUGUUUCAGUUUGAUCAAUGGGUACAUCCUCAGGUAGCUUUGAAUAAGUAAUAUGGAUUUACCACCUAUAUUUGAUCUCUUUAUUUUUAAAAGGACUGGAAUAGUGAAUUGACUGAUUGUGUGCCCAAUACCCAACUGAAUUGAUCCAACACAUCUAAUCCCACAAGCACGCACAGGGCAUAAUCAUAAAUCCAUACAAAUACUAAUAUAUAUGUCUCCAUCCACGUAUAACCCGGCUGCUGCUGCCUUGUGUACUCCUUAAAAUGUGUUGGUUUCCCUCUGCAUUCAUCACAAGGCAUGUGUCUGCUAAACUAGUCUGAAAUCCAACAUCUGUGUUUGCAGGAUGUUCUUUGAGGCAUCAGCCCGCCGAGUCGCCCCACAGUGGAUUAGUGUGUCGGGGGAUGGGGGAUGGGGGGGUGAUAAUUGCAGGACAGGUGGAUUUAGCGAGUUUGGCAGACAAUUAUCAGCACUUUGUCAUGGUCCUGCCACCAGCCCUGACAUUACCUGUCUUUAAUAGGCUUUAAUGAGCCUGGGACAUUUCAUUUACCCAAGACCAAGAGUGGAGAAAAAAGAAAAAAAAGGUGAAAAUAAAAACGUCGUCUGGAGUUUUAAUGAGAAGUGAGAGCUACAUUUGAAAAUGUCAUACAUGUCCCAUUUGUACAGCAGGCGAGUUGACUGACUUCUGUGUGAAAGCGGGGAACAUCCAGUCGUGUAGUAAAUUGUGAAAUGUGCUUCGACUUAGCAAUGGUUCAAACAGUUUCUGUUGAAAACCAUCAGCACAGGACAUCCUUCAAUGGUGUUGAUCGCGUGUAUCCAGGGUUCUUAGAAUAGGGCAUGUGCCACUGACUAAUCACAUGUCGAUUAUUUCUGUCAAUGUUCCUUCAUUUGCUGUAUCUCACCUCUUUCUCCGUCGGCUGUAAACCUGUCACAAUGUACACAAUGAGGUGUAUGAUGAGGACAUUAUUAAAUUAGAGUUGAUCUAUGUUGAUGUUUUGGUUCUACUCCUUUGUGCAAAUGCUGUGUAUUAACGUGUAACUCUAAAACUAAACGUGUUUACUUACGGCUUCACAGUAAACAAUGUCAAGUUAUUCUAAUUUCUCCAGGGAAAUAUAUCAAGAAGUAUACUGUUCCUUACUUUUGGUGUUUGUUAAGCAAUAUCAUGUAGAUAUGUCAUAUUAAUUGCGUGUAGUUAUAGAUUGCUAUAGAUUUGAGUUUUUGUAAUCCUUGCAGAUCGUGCCUAUUUUCAUUUCCUGCUUGUUUAUUAAUCUUGUUUCAAUGGUUUCCCCUGUAAAAUAGGACAAAAAUGAAAAACAGCAUUGCUGUGUGCAUAGUUUAAGUAUAAAUGUCCAUUUGGGAAUAUUUGAUUCGGGGGUUCAUUUUGUUGAAAUGAAAUUGUACAAAUCCAUUUAGGUUUUUAUGGCAUUAAAUCUCCUUUGAACUUG